CGCCACGGGAGCCCCGGGCACGGCUGGGUGCUGCGGGACGUGCGCCGUGCCCACAGGGAGGAUAUUGAUGGUAUCGGGCACAAAUACCACCUGGAAUUCGUGUUAGAAGACAUAUUUGAGAAGGACAGUACUCUUAACUGCACUGCUGAGGUUCUUUAUCAUCUGGGCAACAAAAAGAGUGCUCCAGAUGUGCAAUUUACAAUUGAAGGAGAACUUAAGAACACAGAUGAAGCAGAUAACACAUUCUACAAUCGAAUCAAGAGCCUGAAAAAAGAGCUCGAGGCAGAGAACAUACCAGACAGCUAUGGCAAUGUGUCCCCAGAAAUGCAGCCCAUCAGAGCACUUGCCUGGGCUGCCUCUGGCUAUGUGAUAUGGCAGAACUCAACUGAGAAUACUAAGUACCAACUUGCCCAGAUUAAACACGUGAAGCAAGUGAAAAGAACUGAUGAACUCCUGGAAUUUGACUACAUGAUUCUACUUCACGAAAAUGUGUCCCAGGAGAUUAUUCCAUGGCAAAUGAAAGUUCUCUGGCACCCGCAGCGUGGUGUUCAAGUAACACAGAACAGCCGUCAGCCAAAACAUGCACUGGACUAAUGGAGCACCCAAAAUUGCAAUGCAAGAAGCACAGAUGCUGCCAUAACCAUUUCAGGAGGGGUACAUAAGGUGAUUUGGUGAACACAAUCAAUGUAGGAAGAGUCAUUAUUCAAAGAAACUUUGUUUCCUGUAUGCAGUGCUUCAAUCUGAUAAUCCAACAGGCACUCACUCUACCAUGUAAUCAAAUUCUGCAUCAAAACAGAUCAGAAAAAACUGUUGCUAGAAGGAAUACUUACUGCACAGGUGCAGAGAUGUUCUCCCUGAAGGCAACUUUUGGCUUUCCCAUGGUGCAAGGGCAACUAUAUUCUCUUUCCAUUCGCUGCAGAAAAGAAAGUGGAAUGAAAUGUGGAGUUGUUGCUACACUUCAGCAAUAACUUUAUUAUAGAUCUUUUUGGAAUGAGAAACGUGAUAAAGGUUAACUAUUUUUUUGGGUUCUGGUUGGGCUGAAUUGGGUUUUUCUGGUGUUUUUGUUUUCUCUCCUUCAAGAAAACCAUGUUAAAAAUAAGGUGCUGUCAUUCCGCAGUCAUUCUUGUACAGGGGCUGUAGCUUCUGAUACAGUAAAAGGAAAACAUCUCACUAUUUUAUCAAAGCUUAGGUUUUCCAAAACAAAAGCCACCUUUUCUUCAUUUUUUCAACGUUUCAAAUAUAUCUGCUUUAUUAGACUAAAAUAAAAAACGAAGUUGUGCACCUCCAAA